GUCUCUGGGUCAUACACUAAAAGCAACCGACAGGUACUUCCACCUCAUUCCAGGAAUCGUGCCUGCCACAUUCAACGUUUUGUACGUUGCGGAGGACGCCGUGCUCAUAAACGGGACAUGUACAAUCUCACCGUUGUCCCUCACUAUUCUCUAUACCACGUCUACCUGCGAUGCCCAACCCAAUCACUGUGCCGCCUUCGGACGAGCCAGCUUCACCAAUCGACGAGGAAUUUUACGCAUCAUGGGGACUUUGCAUUCUCUGUGUGCUGCUCAUAGGCGCCUUGAUCACUUCAUACUAUCUUCAAAUCAAGCGGAUUAGGGCGGUACAUGAGACGGUCAUCUCUAUCGUUGCGGGAAUGGUUGUGGGACUGAUCAUACGGCUUGCCCCGGGGCAUCUGAUCAGAGAGAUGCUGACUUUCAAACACACCUUGUUCUUCAAUUUACUGCUACCACCAAUUAUCCUCAACUCGGGGUAUGAGCUCAAGCAGGAAAACUUCUUUCGCAACUUUGGCGUCAUUCUGACGUUUGCGUUUCUGGGGACAUUUAUCUCUGCCGUUGGCAUAGGCGUGCUCGUCUACAUUUGGUCCUUCCUUGGCCUCGAGGGUCUCAAAUUUACAUUGUUAGAGUGUCUCAUCUUUGGUUCGACACUGUCUGCGACGGAUCCAGUAACGAUUCUGUCGAUUUUCAACCAGGCAAAGGUAGAUCCAAAGUUGUAUUCGGUGAUUUUUGGGGAAAGCAUAUUGAACGAUGCAGUGUCCAUCGUCAUGUACGAGACCCUGUCUCGAUUCCACGGCGAAGAUAUCUAUAUCUCCUCUCUCUUCCACGGUGUCGGCAUUUUCCUCUUCUCAUUCUUCAUCUCCAUGCUGUUAGGCGUCGCCUUUGGACUUUGCUGCUCCUUAGGUCUCAAGCACUCGCACCUUGCGUCGUAUCCCGCCAUUGAGAGCUGUCUCGUGGCUUUGGUUGCCUACACCAGUUACUUUUUCUCCAACGGAUUGAGCAUGAGUGGUAUUGUCUCCCUUCUGUUCUGUGGAAUCACGCUCAAGCACUAUGCGUACCAUACCAUGUCGAGAAGGACACAGAGGACGACCAAAUACAUGUUUGCGGUUCUGGCUCAACUCUCGGAAAACUUCAUCUUCAUCUACCUCGGAUUGAAUCUGUUGAUCCAGGACACGCAGGAGUUCAAGCCAUUGUUCAUUCUCGUUUCGACGAUCGCCGUCACUGCAUCGCGUUACGCUGCAGUAUUCCCUCUUUCCGAACUCAUCAAUUGGGUGUACCAUACACGCGGUCAGCGACACGAAGAACUCCCUCAUUCAUACCAGAUGAUGCUAUUCUGGGCUGGUCUGCGAGGCGCGGUCGGCGUAGCCCUUGCUGCAGGAAUUGGUGGAGAAAAUGCAAAUGCGCUGCGGACGACCAUCUUGGUGGUCUGUGUCUUGACAGUAGUGGUGUUUGGAGGCACUACCGCGAGGAUGCUGGAAGUACUAGGCAUCCGAGUUGGUGUAGAGGAUGAGGAUGGAUCAUCCGAUGAGGACGAUGGAUGGACCAGCCGACACGGCAACCUUGCGCUGACGCUGGGUCCGGGUAGUAGACGAUUUGCUGGAGCCAAUGGUCGAGAUUACGAGGAUGAGGAUAUGGACAUGCAGAGACCGGCGAGGAUGAGUGGUCUCCGCACCAUUUCCAGAUCAGGAUUCUCUACCAACUCGGACGAGGAGUCGGAUGACGCCGAGCCUUUGGCGUAUGAUGAAGAAUCUCAGCCAGCGCCUGGGCCUCCUCCGAAACCCGGCAUGAUCUUCAAGGAUGGUCAAUGGUUCACCGCGCUGGAUGAGAGAUACCUACUGCCUCUGUUCAGUAACAGUGUGACGGCUAGGCGGCAUCUGGCGAAGAAGGCCAAGCGAGCUGCACAGGGGGAGAGUGGGCCAGGAACACCAGUAAGGACGAGUAUAGAAGAGGAGACGGAUGCAGAGGAUAAUGGGAAGAAUAAGUUCCCAAGGACCUUCAGUGGAUCGGUGACAGAGUUCUUCUUCGCCAAAACGGACAGCCCACCGCCGGGCGAGCGGAGUGAAGAUCAAUAAAAAGGUUAGAUAAACUCUUUAGAAGAUUAUUUUUCUUUGUGACGCGUCGAGCAAAAUGUACAGUACAGUAGUA